UUGAAAAGUAAAUAGCUUCCCAUUUCAAGUAGCCGUACCACUCCAACACAGUAGGUGGUGCUAUUGCAUUACCUGUGCUCGCUGAAGCCCUGUGUGGAAUUUAUAAGAAGACAAUUUUCCUAAUGCUACUUCCGGAUAACUUCCGUGUUGUCAUAUUUGAAAUUUGGGCUUUCAAAAGGGAAUAAUACAAGCUAGUAUUAAUGUUUGAUAAGUCCGUAAACUAAAGGGAAGGGAUAUGGACGUGGAGAAACGUUAAACAUAGAAAAAUAGCAAACGUAGCUUUCAGUCCUUCCUGCUAAUCACUCCGUAGCUGGUGAUGGAGAAGCUAAUAUCUAAAGUCACUGAAAAGCAUAUCCUUUUCACGGCUUCCUUCGUUAUAAGACUGGCUUUGGUCGCUUAUGGAGACUACCAGGACAGGACAAUGGCGGUGAAGUACACUGACAUUGACUACCAUGUGUUCACAGAUGCUGCGAGGUUCAUUACUGAGGGCGAGUCCCCAUACAACAGGUCAACCUACCGUUACACUCCUCUCCUGGCCUGGCUUCUCACCCCAAACAUCUAUCUUAACAUGGUUUUUGGAAAGAUCCUCUUCAUUGUAUGCGAUGUGCUGUCAGGACUGCUCAUCUACAAAGUCCUCUGCUUGCGAGGUCUAAGGGCUGAGACUGCACGCUGUGUUUCUUCUUUGUGGCUUCUCAACCCGUUGCCCAUGGGAGUGUCCAGCCGAGGGAAUGCCGAGUCAAUCCUGGCAGCUCUGGUGCUGGGGACUCUGCUCUGCAUGGAAGGCAAGGCUCAGCGUCUGACAUGGGCAGCGUUUCUGUAUGGUUUAUCAGUUCAUAUGAAGAUCUACCCUGUUACGUAUGCUCUGCCCAUUGCCCUGACCCUUCGCACAGCUGAAAUCAGGGUAGAUGAAUCCAAAAAGACUUCAAGAUUUAAGAAGCUUGUCGGCUUUUUUGUCAGUUUCUUCAACCGAGAUCUGCUCCUAUUUGCAAUGGUGGCUGGUGGAGUCUUCUUUACCCUCACAGCACUCUUCUAUUACAUGUAUGGUUGGCAGUUUCUUUAUGAGACCUAUUUGUACCAUCUGACCAGAAGAGACAUCAGACACAACUUCUCUCCAUACUUCUACAUGCUCUACCUUACUGCAGAGAGUAUGUGGAGCCAGUGGCUAGGCUUGGCAGCAUUCCUGCCGCAGUUCGCCCUGCUGUUGGUAACGUCAUGGAUGUAUUACAAAGACCUGGCCUUCUGCUGUUUCCUGCACACAGCCAUUUUUGUUACCUUCAACAAAGUGUGCACUUCUCAGUACUUCCUCUGGUACCUGUGCUUACUUCCUCUGGUCAUCCCUAACCUGAGUCUGACAGUAAAACAAGGGUUGGGACUACUGCUCCUCUGGUUUGCUGGACAGGGCAUCUGGUUGGGCCCAGCCUACUUCCUGGAGUUUGAAGGCUACAACACCUUCUUAUGGAUCUGGCUAGCCGGAUUGCUCUUCCAGGUCGUCAACUGCUUCAUUCUGAUCCAGAUUGUAACUCAUUACAAUCCAACAAAAACUCCACUGAGACUGAAAGCUGAAUAAAACCCAAAUGUAUUCAAAGUUGAAGAAAUUUUCUCUUUGAAACUUCAAAGGAUGCAUGCACUGUGGAUCCAUGUAGACCAAGUUUUAAUCUCCCCAGUCUUUAAUUACUUUCUCUAAUAAUUUAAAUCACUUUAGCAAAGAACACUAUGUUUUCUGAGUGACAAAGGCUCAGGUGGAUUUUCUGAGUUAAACCUGUGGAUUACAUGCUUGCCACUGCCGGUCAAAACACUUAAAUCCACAGUGUGUGACGCGUAGCAGAAACUGACUGUUGCCCAGGUUUUUUUGAAUGGUAACUUUGAAGUCUGCUCCACCUGUGGCCAAGUCAUUUGUCAAAAGUUUGCUGAUGGGGCAAAAUACCUGCUGAAGAUCAGAGAUCACAAAGAGUUCUCCCCACAGUCUUAAUAAACAGCUCUGGGUCAAAGUAUUUAAUACACCCUUCAGGGAUUUUUUUUUUUUUUUUGGUGGCAUUUUGACCUCGUGGUGACGGAAAGCACUUUCUAACUCCAGAGGGAGAAAUAAUCCAAUUGUAUGCUGCUAGGAAUCGAGAAGCCUUCAGUCUGAGUGUCUCACUUUCAUGUUGACAUUAUUGUUGGUACUUUCAGCACUUGAACUAUGGAUUAGGGUGCACCAAGGAGAUUUAACGUUACAAAAUCCAGCAAAAUCUGGCCUAAAUUGUGUCGUGUUUUUAUGUCCUGACCGGUGUAAAUUAAGGCUGGCCUGCACAUUAAUCUGAUAGGUAGGAGAUAGUUUCUUGGUUUGAGGGAGAAUAUUUUAAAUAGUUCUACUGUUAGAGACAGUAAACAAACCCACUGUUGUCUGUCUAUUUUUUACAGUUUCAGAAAAGAAUAAAAUCAAAUAAGUACUUCCUUGAGAAUGCCAUUGUGUUAUUUAAAAUCCAUGGUUACAUCUUGGAGCUAAUGAUUUCAUCUGUGUUUAUUGUUAACACUGGAAGAAAACAGACAAGCACAGUAUUUACAGUCUAGGCCACUAACGCAUAAUCUUCAAGGCAGCUGUUUGACUUGCAGCUUCUUUGGCUGCAGUUUGCAGCUGUGACCAGUAGGCAGGAGCAUUUGCAAGCAGAAGGGACAGCUUGAGCGUAUAUCCUCAUGUAACCCUCGCAGAUUAAUCAGUCAACUGGAGCAUGAACACAACCUAAAACAAACAGAGCUGGCACUGGCUCCAUAAUCUCACUGUACUCUCCCUCUAAUCUCACAUGGAAAUUAUUAGAGCAUUCACUUUAGCCCUGUUGGUUCUGAGCGUGUCUGUUGAUCCUGGGACUGAUAGUGGAAGUGCAUAAUAAUUAUAAAAUACUGGAUUUGCAUUAUGAAUGCUUGAGAUACACAGCAGGUAGGGUCAAAUCGGUGGCUUUCCUUAGACAUUUGCACAUUGCUUUGCUUUUCUGUACGAGUAUAAUGUCUUGGUUGUGUGUUGCAUAUGUGUGUGUGUGUGUGUGUGUGUGAGUCAUGGUCAGCUGCAGCCUGCAUAUCUAGUUUAUGAAUCACCAGGAUGCACCCAGUAACCUUUCAACUGGCUAGUUGCCCCCCAGGCACAUGCAUAAACCAUCUUAUUUUAACACUGAUGGCCACAUUCAGGGGUUUAUUUGCAAAUUCUUAGGAUUGAAAAUUAAUAUGAAUAUGUUUUUCCCCUAUAUUACCAUCUCAUUUUUUUGUGGCAGCCAAUCCAAAUUACAGCUACUUGUGCCCUUAAGAGUUUCGUCAUACCAUCAUAGUUGGUGAACUAUGGAUGCAAACUAAAACCAGUUCAGAUGAACCUGAUGUGUCUGGUGAGUGGAGGGUAACAGCACUCUGUAGGCACAACAGUCUAAAAAGGGUGGAAAGCACUGUUCUGUUGCUGGAGCGCUGAUGUGGACAAAUAAAGAAAACGAGGCACUGCG